AUGUAUGCCAUUCCUUCCGCAUCAUCAGCCACAACUAUUGCCCUUGAACAACAUCCGUUCCUUCAACUUGUUCAAUUCAUAGAUAGCGAAACCAAACGAGGCAUUCCGAUGAUUCAAAUCUCCACAACGAGUGACAUCACCUAUGUGAGUGAUUCGAACGGAGUCAUUGCCAUGCUUGAGCCAGGACUCUCUGGGCACUCGAUUUGGAUUUCCAUUCCAAGUGAUGGUCAAUAUCAAUUUAUGAACGGAAGUGAUCCAGUGGUGGGAGUGAGUGGAAUUUCAAUUCCUUUCCAUUCUUCUUCUUUGCCCAUUGUUUUGGAAAUGAAACGAUUGAAACUUGCGGAGAGAUUGUAUCGAGUCACUGGAGAAGGAAUUUAUAGAGAUUCAUUUCUUGGAAAAGUUCAAGUGCCAAAUAUUUCACACGACACGAUUUUACAAAAGUUUUUAUUGAACGCACAAGUCACUGGACAAGACAGUGUCAUGAAUGCUAUUUAUAAGGGCAAAUAUUAUUGGUUUUUUGGUGAUACGAAUAAUAUACAGAGACUAUUAGGAAAUUUUCAUGCAACGGCUGCCUAUACGAAUUUGAAAGAAAUAACUUCACUCUCUACAAACCCAAAUUUAACAUAUAUUUUGAAUGGAAAUUUUGUGAAGGGAGUGGCACCAGUGGACCCAAAAAAUCUUCCCACUUGGAUUCACGCUCUGUAUGUGCAACGAAAUGAGAGAAUGUAUGCAACUUAUAUGAAACCAGAUUCGAAUCUAAAUAUUGUGAAAAGAGGAUUUUUACAAUGGAAUGACGAUUUAGAGGAGUUUGAGGAAAUUUCUCAAAUAGAUUUCAAUACUCAAUUUUCAUAUCCCAUCGAUGGAUCACAUGUUGUGAAGACAGCUCCUUAUCAUGAUGAAGAGGAUGGAUACAUCUAUUUUGGCCAGCCCUAUCCGAUUGUUCGAUGCAAAAGGUAUUUGGAUUUAUCAACCUAUGAAUCGUUUACGCCUCUCAAAAUCAACACUUCUAAUUUGGAUUUAAAUAAUGUACAACUUGAUAGAGAGGAGAAAAGUGGAAAAUUAAUUUAUGGAUGGAAAAGAAGCACCUCUCCUCUCUCAGCAGAGCAAAUGGCACAACUUGUGAAAAUGGGCAAGAUGAAAGUUCAAGAAGCCUAUUUACUGCAAUUGAAAACUCAUGAAAGUGGACAAUUCAUUCAAGCUCAUGCUGGAAGUGUUCAUUACAAUGCAUUUAGGGAUCGAUAUAUUUUAAUUGCUGAGCAGAAUGGAGGAACAGAAUCUUCUCUUGGGGAAAUUUGGUACUCUGAAGGUUUAACUCCAAUUGGCCCAUUUCUGUACGGUGUGAAAAUUGUCACUCAUCAAAAAAUGGAUUUUUAUAAUCCUUCUCAUCACUAUGAAUUUGAUGAAGAAAAUGGAAAGAUCAUUUACUUUGAAGGAACCUAUUCUAAUUUUUGGACUAAUUUGCCACCCACUCCAAAAUAUAACUAUAAUCAACAAAUGUAUCGAUUAGAUGUGAGCAAGGCUUCUGAACAAAUUCCAAUUCCAGUAUUUAAGAGAAUCGAUAAUAAUUUUCAUACCUUGGAUCGUAGGGCCAUACAAAAACUUUCCCACAAACUUGUCGCUGUGGAGUUUUAUGCAUUUUCAAAGCCACAGUGUGAAUCAUGCAUUCCCAUUUAUCAAUACAGAAUGAAUGAUCAAUAUCUAUUGAGCACAGAACAAGGAUUGAAGUCACAGAAACCAAUAUUCUAUGCUUUGGACUCAAAUCAUAUUUUAGAACAACAACUCCUUCCCUUUCAUCAAGAGUUGAAAUUACACAACGACCAGACAGUCAUUGUUUUUUCACAUCGACAUGAUCUUGCCCUUUGA